AUGGAAGUGCUUACAAAUCGAAACAAACCAAUAUUUAUCCAUGAAGGAUAUCAAUAUAUUUUCGAUAAAUUUGGGGCAGACCAAGUCACUAAAUUUUAUAGAUGUCGCAGACGUGACAUACAUUGUAAAGGGCGCAUCAUGGUUAGUAUCAAUGGUGUCAUUGAAGUCACUGGAAAUCACGGAGGUUAUGAUGAAUCACCAGUAGGAAUAGAAAUAGCUAGGACGAUAACUAAUGUAAAAAAAAGAGCUAUGGAUACAAUGGAGGCGCCAGCUGUGGCCAUUAAUCAAUGUAUAGAACACUUAACAGUUGCUGGAAAAGGUAUGUUAUCAUCUGUUAACAAUCUUAAGCAAGUACCUACGGAGAGUUCGGCGUCAUAA